ACAGUACAGCUGUUCCAGCGCAGUUUAAUGUGGUCUUGAUGCUGUUAGUAAAACCAAGGCAAUUUCCCUUCUCAGAGGAAGAACACUGAUCUCCUUGGGGCUGCCAGUGUAAGACGUGGUACAAAACUCCCUGGCUUCAGUUACAAACGUGUCCACCUAGGGACCCUGCUGCAGACACGUGCACUCCCGGGCCCUUUGGAGAAAGCCUUCCAGGUGCUCUCCUGUCCCCUUCGUCCCCACGGAGCUCCUGCUGCUGGAGGGAACGGUGUGAUACCGGCUGAGACACGGGCUGCCGCACCGGGACUGCGCCCAGAGGCAGAGAUCAUCGCAGGAACCGCACUCGGGACAGCGCAGGCAUCCCGGGCCUUGGGGAACGCUCCCGUUGCAGCCCCGAUUGCUCUCAAAGCAGAGCUCCGGCUUCCUCACGGUUACGGAUGACGAACGAGACGACGGCAGCGCUCUACUCGGGAGCGGCGCCACGGCUCUUCGCUCUCCACUCAGAGGCUUUCCGCCGUCGAGCUGCUUCUCGGCUCCCUUGCCGAGAGCUCCGCCGCCGCCGUUCCCAGCACCUUCCCCGCCGGGGCGGCACCACGCUGCGCUGGGAAGCCGACGGGAGCGGCGUGCGGAGAGCGACGGCCGGGCGCUGCGGACGGGACUCGGGCCGUCGGGAUACGCUGCCAGCGGAGCUUCCGGGGGCGGCCGCCGCUCCUGCUCUUGCUCCCCACCCGUUCCCGUCAGCAGCGCCGGCGAAAGCCUUCUGCUGGCUUAAGGGCGGCUCCGGUCUUCUUAAAACCUGAACUGCUCGGGGGGAAAGGGGCCCCGACAUGCAGAGGAAGCUCUGCUCUGCUCGCCCGUGUCUGAUCUCACUUGUCCCUGCAGGCCCCCAAGGUCAACCGGCAGGGUGGAAUCCUGUCCCUGAGCCUGGGCUGGAUGCCAGAGGCAAGUCCCCACUCUUCAUUGCCUUGAUAUUUGCUCAGACUUGGUGGUGGACCUGUGGUGGACGUCCAUUGGGACAGCCCUUACGUUGCAUGCUCGAAGCAGUGCGCUGCCGUGAGGACCCACUGCGGUGUGAUGAGAGAUCCUCCGUGAGAGAUGAUUCCUGUACCCACCUCCCACGGACCCGUGCAGAGCAUCUGUGCCACUCAUUUUUAUAACCAUCAGCCAUGGGCCGGAGCCCGCAGGUGCUGCAAGCAGAAACACGUCAGCUUUUGCAUCGGAACCGCCGUCCCUCCCCACAGGGCACCGCCGGGCCACUCACUCGCAGCCGCCGGAGAAGCCGUGCCCGGGCCGGCAGGCGCCCAGCAGCACCACGAGAGGCGGCAGCAGCACCACCGCUCCCGAAGGCGCGCAGCAGCCCAUCGCGCCCGGCUUCGUCGCCGCCGGCGCUGCUGUCACAGAACCGUUGGUUCCGAGAUGCUGACAUUGGUGGUGGUGAAUCGACCUAUUCAGACGUUAGUCUGAAUCCAGGUCUUAUGCCUUGGGAUCAACCCAGAGGCCCUCAAGGACAACCGGCAGAGUGGAAUCCUGUCCCUGAGCCUGGGCUGGACGCCAGAGAUGUGGAUGGCGGAGAAUGGGAUCCAGCUUCCCAGCUGGGUUCCAGGCCAGAAGGUCCGGCGGAUCUCAUGGACGUGGCUCCGCAGAGGGCGUUGCCAGAUCCUCGACUGGCGUCCCGCUGGCAUCCCAGAGGUCCUGAGACAUGGAAUGAGGAACUGAAGACAGGAAAAUAUUCCCCUGUCCUCAAGGAAAUGAAGGAGGAUUUGGAGAAGGCAGUCCCUGGUGUGACUGGAAGUGAAGGUCAUCCAGCUUCCCCGCCGAGUUCCAGGACUGAAGCUCUGUCAGAUCACACGGGUCCGGAAAGAGGAAAGGGUGCAUCGAGAGGAGGGUAUUACGCCUGGUGGUCGUCCCGUGUCCAAAGGAAACCCGUGAUGAAAAUAGGGGAGGCAGUGCAUGGCGGAACUAAAGGGACUGACCAAGAGACUGUGCAGAAGAAGCCGUUGCAGGAAGGCAGCAGUGACACGCAGCCAGUCUCUGACCGAAAUGCUCAGGCAGAACAAGCAGCUGCUUUGCCAGGGGUGGACGUAGGGAAAAUCACAAAGGCUGCUGUUGGCAAGGAGCUGCAAAAACGCCACAUCCCAGUGGUUGCUGUGGUCUCAGCUGCGCUGCUGUCUGUCCUGACGCUGGCCUGCAUUCCUAUGCUAUGGAUGUGGAAAAAAUACCUGUGA